CCCGCAGAUGUCACUGCUGGCCAAACGUCAAUAUCAGCAGCAGCAGGAAGACGACUCUUCGAUCGGAAGGACGACGUACUUUUCGACUUUCCAGUCGUCGCUGGCCAGUUAGAGCUUCGCCAUGUCCAUGUUUUCGGGCCUCACGAGCGGCCUCACCAACCAAGUGUCCGGCCUCACCAGCUAUUUCGGCAAAAAACCCGAGGAGGUUGGCGUCGAGGGCGAGCAGCCGCCCCCACAGCCUGCUUCCCCGAUCAAGGAAGAAAAACUGGUCCCUGAGCCGGAGCCAGUCCUCGAUGCUGAGGGCAAACUUAUGAGCCCCACCAAGGGUGGCAGCAAGUUGGAAAUGUUGACCAACGUGAAGAGCCAGAUGAGUUCGUGGCUGGGGGCCGGCAGCGGGCUGAUCUCCAACGCCGGUGGCGGCCUCAUUCAGGCGGUCAAGAGCCGCGCCACCGGCGAGGAGGUGGUGCCCGAUCCGCCCGAGCACCUGCAACAGCCCACCGAGCCGGCCCCCGCUGCUCCCAAAGAGGAUGAUGAGAAUUCUAGGUACUUGGGUGACACAGGCGGUGCCGACAGCGAGCCACAGGUGUCGGAAAAUGAGGGCGAAGAGGCUAAGGAUGGCUCCGGAGCAGCUGUGGGCACAAAAGCGAUGCAGGGAGCCAAGGCCUUCGGCAGCUUCUUCUACUCGGCGGUAAACAAAGCGGGCGCUAAGGUCAGCGAAGCCAGCGCCAAGAUCAAGGAGACUGUCGAAAAGAACACAAUUUUGGGCGAGUUCAACAAGGAGCAGGAGUCUUUCAUCAACAGCAAGCAGAAGAGCAUGGAAGCUGCCGUCCCCCCUUGGGUGGGAUACCCCAACGAGGAGAAGCUCAAGGAGGAGAUUUUGUCCCUAUCACAGGACCGGCGGAGUUUUGUACGUGCACCACCAACAGGGGUGACCUUUGAAUUCGACUAUGAAACUUUCACCCCCGUGGCGCAGGCCUUGCUGGUUGAGGACCCUGAGCUAGAGAAAAUGCGGUUCGAGCUCGUGCCCAAAGUAGUGAAUGAGGAAACUUUCUGGAGGAAUUACUUCUACCGGGUGAGCCUGAUCAAGCAGAGCAACGAGCUCUCCUCACUGGCAAGCGAGGGUGGAAAUAAUUCAAGUUUGGAUGCUGACACAGUUACCCCUGAACCCGUAGCCAUCCCUCAACACUCCCCCCUAGAGCAGGAGCAGUCAUUUGUCUCGGAUGAGGUGCAAACCACCGAGCAGGAGAGGAUGGAAGCGCUGCAAGAACUCCGGAGGCUAGGUGUCGCAGACGAAGCACCAGCUUAAGGACGAGAAAGGCCUCUUCCUCCUCACUCUUGAAAACCCACUCCUCUACAUCCCAUAGCAUGUUGUGCACCCCUCCACUUUCAUUUCGCCAGGGGUGGGCAGACAAUAUUCCAAGGAUUAAAAAAAUAUAUAUAUCACUCUCAGACCCACAAGUGUCCCUUUCUCAUUCGGUUUCUCUGCUUCAAACUCUCUCUCUCUCUCUCCCCCGCAUGUGAGCGUUUGUUUUUUGGUUGAACAAUUGAGGAGUUGCAGCUGCCGCCGAAUGGGAACGAGAACUGCAGGCCGAGCUCAGUGACUUUGAGAUGGUGGCAGGUGACGACGCGUCGACAGCCAACUGGGAGUCGGAAGCCGACGAGCUGCUGCAGCAGUAACUCCUCCAAAGACAUUAAUUUUUAUCAGUGAUAUUUUCACAAGUGAUUCCGCGGCAUCUCAUUAAUAUGAAAAUUUUGAAAGCAGAGAGUAUGUAUAAAUUUCAAUGACACGAUUAUUAAUAUAAUGCAAGAGGAAUAACUGACUUAGCGUUCCUUCUUUUUCUGUGACGAGUUCUUCUUUGGGUGCUAGGUAUCACUGUAUGGAGGGUAGUUAUCGAUAUUUAUACCCAGUCUGAAUGCGGGGCGCACUGCACUUGGCGCCCAACAAGAAAUACACGCACGGAGAGGAUGGUGUUUCUUGCAUUCCACUUCAAACCAUAUUGUACCGUUGUUGUUGUUGUUAUUGUCCUGUCUGUAUAUACAUGAAGCACCAAGCCGAUUUAACAAGCGAUUCCUCUUGUUUGAUGAAGACUUUUGUAAAAUAUAAUGGUAUAUAUGAACAUAAUAAUAAUUAUAAAAGGAUAUUGAUCAUAGCCAUUUUAAAUCUCUUAAAUAAUAUGAGAAAAUAUAUAUAUAUAUUGAUGAUUGAUUGACUAAAACGGAUCUAUCCAAUGUUGAAUAGUGUGUGCGCAUAAAAAAGAAGCAUAAAUAAUAGCCACUUAGUCAGUGUCUCUCUCCAUCAGUUGAAGAAUAGUUACUGAGGAUUAGAAAUCAAUUCUAUAUCCAUGUGUCUGUGUACUUAUAACUCAAUAAUGAGAACAAUAAAGGAACUACAUCAAUUAAUAUCAUGCAGAAAUCUCGGUAUCCAUGUACAAGAGACAAAAAUACCACAAAUAAAUUCAUGAAAGCGCCAAAAAAACAAAAA